CCGAGGCCGGCAGGGUAUAAAAGGCGCUGGCAGGGCACGGGCGUGUUAGUCCGCUGAGAGUGAGUGCGGAGGAGCGCGUGCAGCUGGAGCCAUGGCGCGAGGUCUCGGUGUGCUGCUGCUGGUACUGCUCGGUCUCGCCGGCCUGGAGGCUACCACACAUUCCCCCAAAGUACAUGUGUACUCCCGCAACCCAGUGGAGAAUGGCAAGCCAAACGUCCUGAACUGCUAUGUGGAGGGGUUCCACCCCCCGAACAUUGAGAUCACCCUGCUGAAGAAUGCAGUUGAGAUGGAGGACGUGAAAAUGUCUGACCUUUCCUUCAGUGAUGACUGGACUUUCCAUCGCCUGGUGAAUGCCCCGUUCACACCUAAUGGAAAAGAUACAUAUGAAUGCAAAGUGGUGCAUAGCACCCUUAAAGAGCCCAAGAAAGUUAGAUGGGACCCAGAUUAUUAACCUGCUUUUUAUAUGGUCUGAAGAACUCUGCCUUCCAAUCUGAAAUCAGCUUAAGCCCUACCCUGUUUUCCUCUGCGCUCUUCACACCCAUUUUUGUAUUGGAGCUGAAUGUAUAGCUUUAAGAUGAUGCUAAAUAACUUGUUUGGGGUGGUCUUCUGUAAUUAAUAAUCUUAGUGUGAAAUGUUAGAUUUGAGCCUUGGGCCCCCUGUGUAUGGCAGUGUGACAUUAGAGCUGGCCUCACACCAAAAUUCUCAAUCCUCUGCCUGGUUUGGGGGGGAACCACUUGGGUAAUCUGGUAGUGAAUAUAUUAUAGAAUCAGGUCUUGUGCAAAGAUAAGCCAGUCUUGUAUUGGGCAGUCUGGCAGGUAUGCUACUGCUAGUUUAAACUGGCAGUCUUAAAAUAAAGACCCUGAGAUGUCUUUAGGAUUUAAGACCCACGGGUCCAGAGAGAGAUUGAACUGCAAAUUUGGAAGAUUUGUCUUUCCAGUAGCUCCAGAACAUAAGAGCUAUAACAAGGUCCCAGCACAACCUGCCUGUAGGCAGCAUCAGCCCUUGCCAAGGAUGGGGGUAGAAUUGAGGGCUAUCGGCUUGAGUGCAGCACGUGUUGCCAAGCCCUUUUGGGUGAGCAGUAGUAGAGCUUUCAAGAACAACUCUUGGCUACAGCAUUUCUUACUAUAAAUGCCAAUCAAUAAAACUAUUGCCAGUUUAAAGCAAUAAAUCAGUGUGUGCAAGUCUGUUAAACAUUUUUGGACAAUCUAUAUGGAUCUGUUUUACUAAUUAAAAGGAGAGUGUAACACUGUAUGGUUCUUAAUUGUAUAUAAUGACGUUUUGUCUUAAAUAUAUUUUAAAAAAAUCAACCCUGUGGAAGUUGUGAUUUCUUAAGUUGGAGAGGACACUUCUUACCUUGCAUUGGGUACAGCAAGGCAUGCAAUAUAACCUGUCAUUGAACUAGUGUCCCUGCUGUAAGAGCAGCUGCUCAAAUUUUUUUUCCCCUUACUGAUAAAAGUAAAAGGAGAUUGUGUUCCUGAUCCGUAUGAUCACUGACUUCUCAGACUCGCCUUCAAAUCCUGCACAACUCUGCUCCCAACAAUGCUUUGCUUUCUCCUGACACACUUCCCCUUCUCCCCCUCUUUUUGCCUCUAUUGCCCCUUGUGACAGACAUGGCAAUUUCCUGCAAUACCCUUAGAAAAACUUCAUUGAAUUUAAUACAAUUGACUCCAAAUGUACUAAAUGCAAAUGUUCUGUAUUAUUGUGGACCUGGAUAAUCAAUUAACUAUAUUGAAUAUUGUGGUAGAUAAGAAUGGGUGAUGUGGAAUUCCUAGGAGUUGAAUACAAAUACCAUCUAAAGGUUGGACUUCAAAAAAAAAAAAA